AUGCCCUGUGACCAAUUUUCUGCAUACUUAAAAGAAGUGUUCAUCAAACUGUAGUACAGUACACUGGUGAUGUUUGGAUGGGCCACCGGUCAGCCGCCCGACCGGUCUCGAUUCCAUCGUCAACGGGCUCUCCGCCCGCCGCCUCGUUGGUCUCCUCGCCGGCGACUCGGUUUCUCCCCCGCCGGCCUGAGCCAGCUGCCGUUAAAAUGGAUGACGGCUUCUCACGUCCAGGAUCCGUGAAGAGCGGUGGGAGUGAGACACAGUGAGUUCGAGUUCGCCGCCGGCUCGUGCGGGACGCAGAGGCCACCCUGCUCACCCAUGGCCGGGCGACGCCGCGGCCGCGGGCAUCCUCGACGGCAAGCACGGCCACCGCUUCCGCCGCCGCCAGGCGAACCCUUACCGCUGGAACCCACCAACCUCAGGGAAGAUGCUGCUGGGGAGAGGACCUCUAAGAAACCCUGCCACACCUCAAGCUCUUCCUCUGCUGCCAUGUGUGACCCUGAUGUUUGGGCAGAUCUUCUGGAUAGCCUGCUUCACCACAUAAUUGCCGUGUUUAGCUCAUUCCAUGACCUCCUUGCUUUUAUUGGCACCUGCCAUUCUUGGCGUGCUGCGCUCUCUUCCCUUCCACCUGCAUUUAGCUUCAACUUCCCACCUCUCCACCUCCGACCAGAUAUGGGUGAUCCUCAUCUCCACGGUAGCUCCGUCAAGCACAGCCUUCUAUCCAAUUGCAAGUGGCAGCUUGUUGAUCCUGCAAAGCGAACCUCCUCCCUUCACCGUUUAGCGCCUCGAUACCUUAGGGGCCGUAUGUGCUACCUGGGCUGCUCAUAUGGUUAUUUUAUACUCUCGAAUUUGGAGCAAUGCCUCCUUGUUGAUGUCUACAGUGGUGCUACCGUGAGGCCUCCCAGACUCAAAUUCAGUGGCAACCAUGAAAUCUACUAUGGAAUCCUCGUAGCUCCCAUCAACUCACCCAAUUCGCAUCUCCUCCUUUUCUCUAGAUCAUCCAUGUUCCAGUGGCAAGUUGGAACAAGCUCCUGGCUGGAGCACACUCUUGAUUGCGAGCGCAUCCUUCAGAUUGUGUUCUUCAAAGGUGACAUGUUUGCUAUGGAUUUCCUUGACAGGCUCCAUAGGAUACGCUUGGCACAUCAGCUCACCGUGCAGGAAGUGCCAGCUGUCUGGGAAGAGGACACAGUUGCUGGUCUAAUAAAAAUUAAUAAACCAUGGUUGGUGGUAUGUGGUGACAUGCUUCUCUUGGUUGAGCUCUCAGCCUGCAGGAAUGCCUUCUUUGGCUACUCCGCCACCUUCAAAGUUUUUCGCCUUAACUUUUCAGUUGAACCAGCUAAGUGGGUAAAAGUGGAUAAUCUGGGAAAUAAUGCCCUCUUUAUUAGCUUUGAUAGGAGGAAUCCAACAUUUUCUUGUAUGAACCCCGAAAGAUGGGGAGGGAAGAGCAACUGUAUUUACUGUGCCGGCGCGUCUGCAGACUCUGAUGAAGCUUGGAGUGUGGUCGAGCUUCAUCAGGAGCUACCUUGCACAUGCACAGCAGUGGGCUGUUCAUACAGAUCAAAACCUAUCCCGGCACCUAGUGUCCAUAGCAAUGAAUUACAUAGCCUUUGGGUGCUCCCCAGUUUGGUUUAUGGCGAUGGGCAGUGACCAUCGUCUUUGCUUACCUUGGAAGUUCAGCUCCUUGCGCUGCUGUCUUUGUAUGAUGCAUUGUCUGGGUCCUGGAGCUGUGAUGGUUUCUCAGCUUGGCAUAUGGUGUACAGCGUGUAC